AUAGGCCACUUGAUUAAUCUCCUUUCAUUUCAUUUCUCAGUUCCAGUCCUUUUGUAGUGUAAAGAAUAGAGAUGGAGUCAAUUAUACUUACUCAGAGAAUAUUAUAUAAUCCCAACUCACAAGAAUAACCAAAAGUUUCUUACUAGCCACAAGCUAUCCUAACCUUAAUGAUCAAGUCAAGGAAAUGAAUAUUUCUCUUCUUUUAUACCACUUUUAUUUUAUAUCUACUUUUGCCUCAAAAAAAUCAAGAUCAUAGUAUAUGAUGAUCAUGCCGAAAUCACAUGGAGGGGUUCUUCUUCCUUUCAUUCUUUUAUUAAUUUCAACUAAUAUGGUUGCCCACAAAUCUCUUGUAUUUGGGUUCAUUAAUCGUGAUGAAAUUUCAACAAGACCUGAUCCUUUGCGCCAUUUAAAGUCAUAUAAUGGGACUUAUAAUCUUGGCGACAAGCACUAUUGGGCUUCUGCGGGUUUCACAGGCAUACAUGGAUAUGCAAUUGGUGGGAUUUGGUUAUUACUUGGUUUGGGUUUUGGGAGUUACAUGAUUUUCAAGUAUUUUCAUGGUAACUCAACUACUCCAAUUGUUGAGCAUUCACCUUCUUCCUAUAUUUUGAUGUUCUCGCUGGUUGUUCUGUUUACCAUUCUUGCCAUAGUUGCAAGCUGUGUAGUUUUGGCUGCAAGCAAUGGUUUUGAACAUAGAGUUGAAAGGCUUCGCCAAACAAUUGUUGAUGCUGGUGGCGAUACUCGUCAGUCCAUUAGAAGGGUAAUAAAGGUUUUGCUAAGUAUGCAAACUCUUUUAAGUCCUUAUAAUUUUCAGGCAGACCAGCUGUUGAACGUGACAACCCAUAAGCUUCGAAGAGGAUCUAUUACGAUUCAACAGUUUAUUGACAAAACCCAACACACAAGCAAUGAAGCAAUUAGAACUUUGUAUGUUGCAAAUAUUGUUGUUGUCACUGUCAAUAUGGUGCUUUUGGUUAGUGCAUUAGUUUUGCUCGUGUGGCAUUGGCCUCUUGGAUUUAUAAUAAUAAUCUUCUGCUGCUGGAUUUUGACUACUCUGAGUUGGGUGCUGACUGGCUUUGAUUUCUUCUUCCAUACCUUUGCAGAAGACACCUGCUUAACUUUGAAGGACUUUCAGCAGAAUCCUCAGAAUAAUAGCUUGCAAAUUGUACUUCCCUGUGAAAAAUCUGGACCUUCUGACAAAAUUUUGGAGCAGAUUGGCGCCACAGUUCAUAAUUUCAUUACUCAGCUAAAUUCUAAGUUGAGAGAGGUACAAGGAUUUGGACUAAAUGAUAUCGGGGAAAAUAGCGUAGAAACAAGAGGAGUUUGUGACCCCUUCUCCGGUGCACCUAAUUACAGCUUCACACCUGAUCUCUGCCCGAAGGAUACUAUUCCAAUUGAAGAACUGAAAUAUGUUCUGUCAAGAGUCACAUGUUAUGGAGGAAAUUCUACAGGCAAUUGCGCGGGUGAAGGAAGAUUCAUUCCGCAGGCCUCAUCUGUGAUAUUAUUCGCUUAUACACAAUCUAUUCAAGAUCUGAUAGAAAUAUUCCCUGAUUUGCUGAGCCUAAGUCAGUGCUCCAAAGUAAAACAAGCGUUCGCCAACAUUUUACAGUACCAGUGUAGGCCAUUUAGACGUUCAGCACGAGUACUAUGGUCAUCUAUGUUGUCACUCUCCAUUGUCAUGGUACUCCUAAUACUAACAUGGAUAGUAAAAGCUCAUCAAGAAAUAGGAAGACGCUUCGAUACGUGUUCCAUUAUUCCUAAAAAAGCCUAACAAUACCCAAAAACUUGCCCAAUUGCAGUAAUUCUGCAGGCGAUGUACGUAGAGAAGAUGUAGAUAGUUUGCACACUUUUUUCCUUUUUCUUUUGCGUAGUUAAUAGUUGUAGUAGUAUACUCAUUCCCCCUGAAGUCGUAAGACGCUUGAAAAUUGGGGGUCAAGUUAUAGAAAUAGAGAAUAUCUUCAAACUUGUACUGUCAUGUACUUACUGUACAUAUUUUGGCAUGAACAGUGAUUGAUAGGUACUUGAGAUUAAGUUUUGGCCAUGUAAA